GCUUUCUUCUCAAAAUAUAAAGCAGCGCAGCCAAAAGUAUAAACUUGCGAUUUGCGAAGGUUGUUGUUUUCGUGCGAAAUUCCUUGUAAAAUUGUUCAAUUUUCCCGAAUUUUCCUCAAAAUGCCGGGUUAUUUAUGGAUAAUUUGGUUAAAAUUGGCAGGAGCCUUAUGGAUAAUUGGGGGGAAAAUUAGGCAGCUCAUUAAUAUUCUAUUUUGUGGCUAUCGAAGAAAAUUGGAGAUUCACUAUUGGAGAUUGCCGAUCCACUAAAAAUGAAUGCUGAAACCUAUACUCGCCCGGGGCACAGGUGCCCCAGCGAGUAAUUAUGGCGUCAGUGGUUUGUGCUUGAAAUGAAGAACGGCAAUCAAUGCAGUUUCACGUUCGACAACGGCUCGAUUUACUUCCGGUCGGCGUUCGUGAAUCAAAAACGUUUCUUGUUUAAACUCUUUCUUAUUACAACAAUAUCCAGGUUUAUGGAUAAAAUGAACGUGGUGUUUAGCACAAUUAAAUAAAAAUUGUAUUUUUAGGUGUAAAUUCCAUGGAAGGAAACACGAAGUUUGAUUCGGCGUUCUUUUCGAGAUGUCCUUUGCCUAAAGAAGAAACAAACGGGCAGAGCGCGGCUUUGCAAGAUGAUGUGUUCACAGAAAACCUAAGUUUGCAGCCUUUCUCUUAUGAUAAUGACAUUGGUCCCGCGUGUGUAGUGUGUUCUGACAAGGCCUCUGGGUAUCAUUAUGGUGUCUUCACUUGCGAAGGUUGUAAGGGUUUUUUUAAGAGAACCGUCCAGAAACAACUCACUUACACAUGCAAAGAGAAUGCUUCUUGUGAUAUAAAUCAAUACACAAGAAAUAAAUGUCAAGCAUGUCGCUAUGAGAAAUGUGUCAUUACUGGAAUGUUGAAAGAAGGUGAGUGAUGUGGAGGUAGGAAAAGUAAAGCUUUCACUAAGCACAAGUAUAAGAUCAAACGUACUGACUUUUUAUGUACUGUCCUCACUACGACGCAACGUAAGCAUAAGAACAUCAAAACGUUGCGUUCUUUCCUGAUACUUUAUAUGUUGUUGCUUAUGCUUGCGCUUUAUCUUGCGUUGUAGUGAGGACACAAGUGAAAACAACAUAAGCAUAAGAAUAUCAAAACGUUGCGUUCUUUCCUGAUACUUUAUAUGUUGUUGCUUAUGCUUGCGCUUUAUCUUGCGUUGUAGUGAGGACACAAGUGAAAACAACAUAAGCAUAAGAACAUCAAAACGUUGCGUUCUUUCCUGAUACUUUAUAUGUUGUUGCUUAUGCUUGCGCUUUAUCUUGCGUUGUAGUGAUGACACAAGUGAAAACAACGUAAGCAUAAGAAUAUCAAAACGUUGCGUUCUUUCCUUAUACUUUAUAUGUUGUUGCUUAUGCUUGCGCUUUAUCUUGCGUUGUAGUGAUGACACAAGUGAAAACAACGUAAGCAUAAGAACAUCAAAACGUUGCGUUCUUUCCUUAUACUUUAUAUGUUGUUGCUUAUGCUUAUGCUUGCGCUUUAUCUUGCGUUGUAGUGAGGACACAAGUGAAAACAACAUAAGCAUAAGAACAUCAAAACGUUCCGCCUUGAUGAAAAUUACCAAAAAUUUUUAUAAUUUUGGUAAAUUAUAAAUUAUAAUUUACUAAAUUAUAAAUUAUAAUUUAUAAUUUCUUGAUGGAAAUUACCAAAUGGUUUUCCAAGCAGGAUAGCGUGAUCCAUGCACUUGGGAUGUUGCUCGACUUUGGGAAAGCGUAAAAAUACACUCGCCUGCGGCUCGAGUAUUUUUACGCUUUCCGAAAGUCUCGCGACAUCCCUCGUCCAUGGACACGCAAUCCUGCACGGAAAACCAUUCGGUAUUCCUUUAUUGUUAUAUAGCUAGUGUGAACACCAAACGUGAUUGGCUGAUUUGUAGUCACGUGGCUUUAGAUAAAUGCAAUGUAUCCCGCCCGGGCAAUAAGUGAAAAAGUGUUGCCCGCCCCGACCGGCUACGUACAUAAAUAAACAAAAUGGCGGCACAAAUUUAUACUAUUUAAACUACUGUUUUCGUGGCUUUGUGUUAAAAUAAAGAAUGUAAAAGAGAAGAAAAAUACAUAACAGGCAACAGGAUAUGCUACUGAAACCAUUUAAGUAGGUUUUUAGUGUCAAGUUUCUUCGAAACUUGACAAGUAUUGUGAUGAGUGGGGGAAAAUUCAUAUGAGUCAGGGAUCAGGCAUAAUAGUGUAAACUUUCCGGGGGGUGUAUACGAUAUAUGUUCGUAGUGAUUUAUUGUACUUAGUGCUUUGAAGGUUAUUUAGGCAAUUUCAGUUGUCUUAUUUAAAUAUUCUUUUGUCCUUUUGCCAAGUUCACAAAAAUUUUGAGGAGUGGUUGUCGUUAUUGUAAUUUUUUGUAAAUUUUAUAACAUUCGCUUCUCAUGUUGUGUAAAAGAUCUUUACCCCGGAACACUCGAUUUUUUCUUUAGCAGCGCAAAUGAACAUGCGCUAUCAAACCGUAGAUGACCUACGAUGACGUGCGAUGCUAGGAAGGAGCGACACAGUGUUGUUUUCAAAUGUAUACACAUUUCAGAUGUGAAUAUUGAGUAAAUCUUUGAGAGUCUACGCAAUAUAUAAAUUGAUGUUAUUCAUUACGGGCAUUCAGUCAAGUACCGAUAUUACUUAGACGGUAUAUUCAUUAUACAGAGCUAAGAAUUAAGGAGCUAGAUAGUGCUUUUUUCCAAAUGUAUAUAAAAUAUUUCAGACCUAAUUAUAAAUAUUGAGAAAAUCUUCGAAGUGCCGAUAUUAUUUUGACGGUAUAUUCAUUAUACAGAGCUAGGAAGGAGCGAGACAGCGUUGUUUUCAAAUACAUAAACAUUUCAGACCGAUGAAUAUUGAUAAAAUCUUUGAGAUGCAUAUAAAUUGAUGUUGUGCAUUUAUACCGGUGUCCCAGGAUUUUCGCCCCCCCUACAUUUUCGCCCCCCGGGGGGCGAAAUUCCUAGGAAUAUCGCCCCCCAGGGGGGCGAAAAUCCUAGGAAUUUCGCCCCCCUUUAGGAAAUUCGCCCCCCUUUAGAAACUUCACCUUUUCUUUAGGAUUUUCGUCCUCCGUUCAAAAUUUCGCCCUUCCUAACAGUUCCAUGGGAUAAUUAUUACAUGGCUUUAAUCAUUUGAAAUCAGUAUCAAUUCAAAAUUGUUAAGACAGAGCUUGAAAUAACAACCGAUCACCGAUCAAUGAUCGGCAAGGAAUUGCUUAUGAUCGGCGGUGACCAGAGUAUCAGGCCGUACUUCGGAAAAGCAGGGUUUCGGUUUCCAACCUGAAAAAAGCAGGGAAAGUCACGACUGCUGAUCACCAUGAUCGGGAAUUUUAGGAACGUUAUUUCAAGCCCUGCAUGUAAGAAUACAAAUUUACAAUUACAUGUAUCGAAAGGGCUUUACACAGUUACGGUAGAUCAAUACUCAAUAGAACUUAUGACGCUUCACAGCACACCAUGCAUAUUUUGCAUUUUCAGUGUUAAAUGUUAAUCCUUAACUCAUUGUUAAAAGUAAUCACCGUGGUGGUUAUUGUAAUUAUUGGUAUUGUUUUGCAUCCACGUUUUGUCGUUAUCGGAAAAUGUAUGGUUUGUCACUAUUUUUUACUUGCAUUAUUUCAAUAUAGUUUGUAAAUCUCAGAAGCGAAGGGUAGAACUUGCCAAUAGGCAAUAAUCCAAUCAUAUACGUUAAACUUUCAAAAAAGACAAGAAAGCUUUUAGUUUUGCAAAGUUACAUUCUCAAAUGUUUAAGGCAUGCACUAAUAAAAUCAAAGUAACAUUAAAUUAUUUGAAUAAACCACACCACAUACAUAAUGCAAUUUUCUUUGCGGAAGUGAAGAAUCAAGAUUACAUCACUGACACAGAAAGUUGACGAUUCAACGGACAAUAGUCAAUACGCUUCCCAACACAUUCCAUAGAUUUUUUACUAAUCCUAUAGUUUAUUGUUAGCAAGUGAUUACUGUGGCGGCUAUUGUUAACACUCAUAUUGAUAAAAUUUGCAAGCGAUUGUUUUUAUAAUAUGUUAUGUGAAUGUAAACUGCCAGAAGAAUACGACAACAUGAUUUUAUGCGAUCUCUGUGAUGGUUCCUCUUUAGAUGUGUAGAAUAUGACACUAGUCUAAGUACCUCAAAUGAGUGGUUAUGCAGACUGUGCACACCACCAGCUGCUAAGAAGCCUAAAAUGUGUAUGUAAUUUUGUCUCCUUGUAAUAAAUAAAUAAAUCACACAAUAAAUCUUUUCAACUUGCAAUCGUUUUGUUUUUAGAUCAAAAAUUCAAAAUUUAUAUGGGGGGGCAAAAUUCCUAAAGGGGGGCGAUAUUCCUAGGAGAUUCGCCCCCCAGGGGGGCGAUAUUCCUAGGAGAUUCGCCCCGGGGGGGCGAAUAUCCUAGGAAUAUCGCCCCCCUUUCGAGAGGGGGGGCGAAUCUCCUGGGGGGGGGGCGAAUCUCCUGUGACACCGGCAUUCAAUUAAGUGCCGAUAUUAUUUAGUCGUAUAUUCAUUAUACAUCGAAUGUAAAGGUGUAACACUGCUACACCACAGAAUAGGUCACUCAGUACGAAGAGCAAAACAUUGCAUCAGAUCAGUAGAGCAUAAAUAACUAUCAAACAGAAGUAGUGUUUGUAUAUCAUUGUAUGGCGUUUGCUAUCCAACGUGUAGUCACGGGCCUUGUUCACAUGUCUGGCACAACGGUGCAAACUGGUGUUCAAUGGCACAAUGCAAUAUUCAAAUGCAACGAGAACAUCACCAGAUCUUACGAGAAUCUAUCUGUAUCAAAGCUUUAUCAAAACUGCUAUAAACUCUGCUGUAACUGUGAAAUUAUUGACAUCUAAAGUGACAUUAUUGAAUACUUGCGAAAAGCUGAAAAUGACUCAUAAAAAAAAAAAAACCUGAUCUUGGCCUUGGGAAUAUAAAGUCAAAGGUCAUUGAGACUUGUUAUUGAGAAACAUGUCACAAUUAAGUUAAAAUGCGGAAGCGGAUGCGGAACCUAGCGGAUCCAUGGAGCGGUUGCGGAACGGAUAUGGGGAUAAAAUGCGUCAUUUAAAUGAAAUUUUUCGCCUCAUUUUUAUGUGUCUGUGUUUUGGAUUUAUGUUUUUUGUAAUGGGAUGCAACGUCAUAUUAACUACAGUGUGUCCCCAAAAAAGUACCCUUAUAACAAUAGGAUAGAUACUUUCUAUAGAGGGUACUUUUUUGGGACACACUGUAGUUGUACAGCUAUUUCAAUUGUGUCACUGAGACAAUAGUUAAAUGUGCAAUAUGGGCGGUGAUAAGUUUAGUAUAUCAGUAGCCUCAUGGGGAUACUUUCAGCGACAGCUCCCAAUGCAAUUGUAGUUUUAGAAUAUACAAAAUUUGGUUGCUGGUGAAAGAAUUUAAAUUUCGAGUUGUCUCGUGUAGCAUCACAAUAAAUAAAUAAAUUGUACCAGUUCCACGAGGCACGGCGAAGGAAGUGACAAUGAAUUGUUUCUCUCGUAAAAACCUUGUUCUAAUCCACAUUUUUGAGUAACGUGCAGGGUUGGUAUGUUAGAUGAAGAAUUAGGCCAAAUCGUAUUAGUGUCGUUAUUGAAAACAAAUAAAACAAAACACGCUAAGACAAAAAAACAAAGGCCUAAUGUGACGUUGUUUGGCCUAAUUGUUGAGCAAACCUAUUAACCCGCUAGACCCUACGCAGUUCUUCCCGAUCUUAUUCAAUUUGAAACUUUACACUAUCCUUGGAUCCCUAGUUUAAAUUUUAAACUCGUUUACGCUAUAGAGUUUUUGUCAUGAAAUACAAAUAUUGUUGUAUGAAUGUUGUUCAAUGUUGAUAUUUGUUUCGUCGCUAUAUAACAAAACACUUAACGUCUUUUCCCUCGGGAAAUAGUUAGUUUUGUUUUCCCUCGAAUCUCAAUGUUUCCCUCGACUUCGUCUCGGGAAACAUUGAGAUUCUCGGGAAAACAAAACUAACUAUUUCCCUCGGGUGCAGACAUUAAGUGUAUAUUGUUCAACAUCAAAACGUUACUUAAGAAGAAUUGAGAACCAGAUAAGUAUUCAUCUAGACAAGUGGUCAUAUAAUCAAGCCUGAUGUCACUUGAGAGACGCGACAAUUUUUGAGUCGGCUCUGAAUGUCCAUGCAGGAUAACUCAAUUUCCCAAUUUCAUUAUUUUGCCGAAUAUUUUUUUCUUCUGGCUGACACCCUGUAACUGUACAUAUUUUUAUAGUUUGAAAGUUUCUUUCUUGGAAGAUCCAACAGACAAACUAAUAUUCUGAUUCACGGCUAGACCAUAGAAAAAUAAGACCUAGAAUGCGUGCUUGGUCAUGUGACCAAUGUCCAAAUUGAAAACAAAAAUGCCCUCACAAAUCGGCCAUGUUGAAUUUGUCCGAGGAGCGGUCUAUAGCGAAAGGUCAUGGGGCGAGUUUAAUUUGCCCUUAUAAAUCGGCUUUAUUGAAUAGUUAAUGCUAAACUUAAUGUGGCGUCACUUGUUUAAUUAAGAAAGGAUAGGAGCACGCAUUCUAGGUCUAGUAUUUUUAUGGGCUAGACAGACGGAUACAAACGAAGGCUAUAACUUGUUAAACAUUCCUUUAGCUGUACGUGAAGACAGGAUGCCAGGAGGACGCCAUCGUCAUAAAUCACAGACUCAAGAUAUCAAAGAUAAAGGAAAGAAAAGACGAUCUAGUAAAGAAAACAGUUGCAGUCCAGGUCCAUGUUCAUCCUGUAGUGAUCCUGGUUCACCCAGAUCUCCCACUGACGAUAUUGAUGUGAAGGGAAUGUUGAGUAAGUACAGAGUUUGUUUUCUUUGUACAAGUUGUUAAAGCUCAGGAACAAUACGGAACCCUGUAGUGAUCCUGAUUGCUCACUAGGUACAAUGUUUUAAUUAUUUAUUUUGCUUCAACAAACUCAUUCCUGAAAUUUGCUGUGUUGGUGUAAUGUACUCAGGUGAUCAUGAAUAAGCAUCUUAUUCACCUGAGUACAUUACACCAACACAGCAAAUAUCAUGAUUAUUAGAUUACACUGAUAUCGAAGGAACUAGACUCAGUUCCGAAAUAUCACAUACUCGAACCGACCUGACCGCGUAGCUCAGUUGGCAGAGCAUUGGGCUAGUAUUCCAAAGGUCGUAGGUUCGAUUCCCACCGUGGCCAGGCAUAUUUUUUUCGAGCCUGCCCGGUGUGGAUAUACACUCAGAGUAACAUCACAAGCAAACUCAUUCCUUUCUCCUUCACGAGAUCUCCGGAGCACUCGUGACAUUGCUGUGAUAGUAGAAUCUACCGGGAAAUUUCUCAUUCCUCCUAAACUUAUCGCUAUAUAUAACAAAACACUUAAUGUCUGUCCCUCCAUCGAGCAGACAUGAAGUGUGUUGAUUGAAGGAUGGAACUAUCUGAAAAAUAUAGAAAAUGUCUUUCUUGUUCAAUAACGAAAUCUUCGAGCCAGAAAGCUAAACUAAUACGUUUAUCAUCGAGGAGACCAUUGUAUGUUUAUCAUCGAGGAGACCAUUUAUUUUGCCACACAAUUUACAAGAUUCGUUGGAAAACCUGCAGUUUUAUUUUCGUUCUGGGAACUUUAAAAGUCCUGGAAUUAAUCUCAUGCGUAAGAUACGUGAAUAUUAAAGUUGUGUUUAAAUAAUUGAUUACUAAACUUUCUUGCUCAUAGUGUAUUGAUUAUUUUGAUUUUUUAAGAUACGUGAAUAUUAAAGUUGUGUUUAAAUGAUUGAUUACUAAACUUUCUUGCUCAUAGUGUAUUGAUUAUUUUGAUUUUUUAAGAUACGUGAAUAUUAAAGUUCUGCAUCACAAUCAUCAUAUUCACCUGAGUACAUAACACCAACACACAAAAUAUAAAAUAUUAAAGUUGUGUUUAAAUGAUUGAUUAGUAAACUUUCUUGCGCAUUGUGAUGUUACUUGCUAAUGAUAGCGAUACCUACACUGGCGUCGACUUACUGGCGAAAUGACACUUUUCUCCUGCAUGUAUUCAGUUCAAAUACCCCUGGGGCCGGUUGUAUAAAAAAGUGAUUAAAGUUAAAUGUUGUUAGUGGAAACGUCAUCCAAUGAGAAGCGCAAUGCAACUUUAUAAUGUUCUUAUGAUCCUGAGGAUCCGAGAACAUUUAAGUCUGUUUGUGUGAAGUGUCACACAACUCGCCCAUUGACUAACUUGUCGAAUCGAGCAUGUUGUUAAAUUUACUGUCACAUAAAUUGUAAGUCGUUGAUUGUAAUUCGUUGUGCUUGUUUGUUGAUCUUCACGUCUGUCUGUCUGUCUGUCUGUCUGUCUGUCUGUCUGUCUGUCUGUCUGUCUGUCUGUCUGUCUGUCUGUCUGUCUGUCUGUCUGUCUGUCUGUCUGUCUGUCUGUCUGUCUGUCUGUUUGUCUGUCUGUCUGUUUGCAAGCCUGUUAUUGUUCAUACUGUGUAUUUCGAAUGUCUUGGAACCCCGUUAUUGGAGAACUAAUCUCUGUGUGGUAAUUCCAGCCAUGUAAUAAUCUAUUGUCUAACUAAUUUUGUGUAAUAGUUUGUGUUAAAUGGCAAAAUCUGUAAAAUAAAAUAAAAUAAAAUAAGCGCGUAUUUGAUAGAUAGAUAGAUAGAUGGUUUAUUACAUAUAAACAUUGCAGCCAAUAGGCUGAAUUACGUUUAUAUUUACAAGUUAAGAAAAUAUUAAAAUACUAUACAACUAAAUGUCUCUAAAAGGAUCUAAGAAUGUUCUAAUAAUUUUAUGAUGAAUAAUUUAAUGCGUUAUAUAUAAUAAAGCUAUUUUUAAAACGGUUAGUCUGAAAUGCAACGUUAAAUCUAUGACUGGAUCUAGGAGUCAUAUGAACAGUUUCAUUACGUGGUGGAAGAAGAUUAUAAAGCUUAUGGCUAUCAUCAGUCACUAUUUCUUCAAAUAGUUUGUCUGAAAGACCGUCUCUUCGAUGGCUGAGUCGUUGGAGGCCAGUUGAUUGUAAAGCGUCUUCAUAUGAGACCCAAGGUAAGAUAAUUCGCAAUGCUCUCUUUUGGAUCCGCUCCAAAUCCUGAGGUAAUUUGUCAAACCAUUAUGGAAUACAGGACUUGCGUAUUCUAGGAUUGGUCUUAUGCACGUUGUAAAGAAUAGGACAAGUUCUUUCGUGCCAACUCUCGCUCUCUUAAGUUGGGAGAGGAAAUAGAGACGCUUUCGCGCCUUCGAUAUAAUUUGGUCAAUGUGGUUGUUCCAUUUCAAAUUGUUAGAAACCGUCAGACCAAGGAUUUUAGCACUGUCGACCACUUCCAACAUUUCUCCAUUUACUAUAAUAGGGUCAAACAUUGCUCUUGGUUUGCAGAAUCCGAUUCGUAACUCCUUGCAUUUAGUUUCGUUAAGUUUGAAUUGGUUCUCAGAGAUUUGUCUUGUUAGGUCAUCUAUAAGGGUUUGAACUUUACUUCGUUUUUCCCAACAAUUUCGUCUAAAGUUGUAUCGUCCACAAAUUUCCAUAUAUUACUAUCGUUAAUCUUUAAGUCAUUUAUCAUUAUGAUAAACAGCCACGGCCCCAAUUUAGUGCCUUGUGGAACCAUAGACAAUCCAGAAGACAGGGACUGGAAACGCAAGCACAUCACGGAUGGCACGCGCAAAACAUUAGGCGUUUCCAGUCCCUGUCUUCUGAAAUGUCGGCCCAAUCUGAAUAAGAAUUUUGAUUUAGUUUGAACCGUUGUUUUCUUCCUGUGAGAAAGUCUCUGAUCCAUUUAAACACCCAUUGAGGUAAAUCAUACAUCUUUAUUUUGGAAAGUAGCAAGUGGUGGUCGAUGAGGUCAACGCCUUUUUGAAGUCGAAUAAUAUAGCUCUAACUGUUGCCCCCGUUCCAUCUGUGGCUGCGUUUCACUUAUGAAUCAUACUCAGGAGGGCGAACACGGGGCUUGAUCUUGGGAUCGCACCAUAUUGAUUCGGAUCAACUCUACGGAGCACGGCUGGUUUUACGAAUUCGUCCACAAUAUAAUCCUCAGCCACUUUAGAAAUUAUGGGUGUCAGCGAAAUUGGGCGCAAGUCUUUGUUUACUUCUUGAACUGGUUUCUGUUUGGGGAUUGGAACGAUGUCUGCGCAUUUCCACGAUUGAGGGAGACUCGCUUCUUGGUAGGAGCUGUUGAGAAUAUCCGAAAUUGGAGCACCUAAAAUGUCGGAAUUCUCCUUCAGCAACCAGGCCAGGAUACCGUCAGGUCCUGUUGCUUUAAUUAGGUUGGCUAGCUUCUUGCUGACAGACCUUUCAGAUACGUGGUACGAUCGUAUAUUUUCUAUUGGUAUAUCAUCGGUCAAUAGCAUCAAAAUCUUUUGUAGGUUCUAAAAAUGUUUUGUUGAUCAUAUUGGCCCGAUCUUCCAAUUCAGUUGGAUUGUUUUCAGAUCCACAAUCCAAGUUCCGUAAGAGAGAGAUUGGGUCUACUCGAACCUGUAACGAGAUACCGCUCAGUUUUUUGGCUUCUUUGCACCACUCCGCCCGUGAACAGGUUUUUAAAUAUUCAACCUUCGAUGAAUAAAAUUUUCCUCGCCACGACUUGCGUUCUCGAUUGACUUAGCCUGCGUGGCAGGCGGUAUUUCUACAGGCAGCGAAAAUUAGGGAGUACCGCCUGCCAUGCAGGCUACGAUUGACUUGGUUUCUCGAUUGACUUGGUUUCUUAAGGAUUUAAACAGUGUCUCAUCACCACGAGCUAGAGCGGCUUGUCGGUGUCGGAUCAAUUUUUUUAAUGGUUGAGGGUAGUAAUGUAUCUUGUCCGUAGUUAAUUAUUGAUUCGAGCAUUUCUACCUUUGCAUUACAUGAGUUUUGCGUUUCGAUUAGGCCCUUAAUAUCCACUUCUUCUAAAUAUUUCCGCAUUAUCAGCCGUUUCGUGGGUCUCAAGUCCCGGGAGAUCGUAUAAAAUUUCGCCUUUUCAUUAGUUAGUCUCUUCAAAGGUUGAAUUUCGACUGACAAAUGAUCGGAGAGGCCAAAAGGUGGACGUUUAAUUGGUUCAUCAUAAAACUGUUUCAUGUUGGUAAGUACGAGGUCAAGGGAACUAGAGCCACGAGUUGGAAAUUUGACGAUCUGGCAUAGUUCGAAACUAUUUUUCAGUCUGGAAAGGUUUAGUUUAUUGAAGUCUCCAAGGAUUAUUAUGCCACAAUUGGUGAAUCGUGCCUCAAUUGUUGUUAAAGCCUCGUACAAGUAGUUAAUUAAAUCCUGAUCGUUUCCUCUAGGGGGGUGGUAAAGAUUGCAUAGUAUAAUACAUGAUAUACCUCUUGGGAGACGUAGAGGUUUUAGCUUUAGCCAAAUGGCUUCAAAAUCGUUGCUCACAAGCUCUGAUAAAAUAUCGUACUUUAUAGCAUUUUUAACGUAGACACAGACGCCACCGUGUUCGCCUUGAUAUCUAUCGCAUCGUACAAUGUUGUAACCGGAGAUUUCGACGACAUUAUCGUGUAUAUGAUUUUGGAGCCAUGACUCCGUUAUACAGAUGAGAUCUACAUCAAUUUAUUUAGACACCUCACGAAGUUCAUCAAUUUUAGGAGCGAGAGACAAUAAUCGCUAUUUAACUACAAAAUGGUGAUUAAAAAAGCGAUUAAGAGUUUUAUACAACCGGCCCCAGGAGAACGAGAGAAAGUCCUAGAUUUUUAAAGUCCGAGAAAAAUUCCUUGAAAGUCCUGUAUUUUUAAAAUUAUGAAGGUGUGCGGAAUUACUAUUGUUUACACACAAUGUUGGACACAUUGAAAUUUGUUGUUUUAGGUCAAUUGACAGAGAGUGCCCCAGACCAGAUUCCCGACGCUGACUGCUCUCACAUACGUAACGAUGACGGAGAAUAUGACGUGAAUGUGUUCCUGGCGUCGGGGCUCCAAGAUCUUAAGAAUGCCGUACGUUGGACAAAGAGUGUACCAGGGUUCACGGAAUUAAGCUGGGAUGAUAAAGUAUGUUUAAUUCGUGCAUCAUGGAUGGAUCUGAUCCUUCUAAGACUCUCGUACAGAUCCUUGGACUAUCCUAAAGGUACUACGGUAUUUGGCAGAAGUUUGGUCAUGAAGCAUUCUGAAGUGAAGAAAAUGGGAUGGUCGCAAGGCAUGAUGGAUGAUCAUGACGAAUUCACAGAUAAACUGAGAAUGCUGCAUCCUGAUAAAAACGAAUUUGCCUGUCUAUGUGCGCUGGUCUUGCUUACUUCAGGUAAGAACCACUCACUAUUUAUUCUCUAGGCUAACAGCUAGAGCUUUCUGUUUUAGGUUCUUUCCGUUUUGGGGAGGCCCGCGAGAGUAGGAAAAACGAG